AUGGGAGAUGACCCCCAUAAGAGCAAAGAGCUUGACGGAUGGAAGAGGUUGACGAUUUGGUUGAUAUUGGCAAUCAUACUUGUUGAUUCUAUACUACAUUCUGAUGAUCCAGCUCCUGAGGGAUCCCUUCUGUGGGAAAAUGACGAGCUUGAUACUCAUGUUAUGUACGUAGAAUCUCUUUUAAAAAAUGGUUUUGAAUUCGAUGAUAAUCAUUGGUUUGGUGGUCAAAAAAAGACCCAAAAAGACAACAAAAAAGUUGAAUCUGUUGACUUACAGCAAUCUAAGAGAAUGACAGGGAAAAAGUGUGUCCGUGAUGAGCGGAUUAACAACAACGAUGAUGAUGAUUUUAAGACAUCAAAGAUUGUGAAUGACGUACAUGGAGAAAAGAAUUAUGUGUAUGGAGAAGAUGGAGAAGGUGUAAGAUCUGAUCAAUGUCAGAGCAUUAUUGGUGAACUUAGACGUGGUUUGUUGCUUCAAAGACAGCACACAGAUAAUGUUGUUGAGGGAUUGAAAAGUUAUAUUGACAAAAAGAUAAGUGAAGCUUUGUCCAAGAUUAUGGAUUUGUUUGUAGAGUCGUCUCCUGUUAUACAUGACUCAACCCGUACGAAAAAGUCAAGGGUUAGCAAUAAGGAUGUCCAUGCUCCGAGUGUAAGAACAAGGACGUCAGGUCAUGCCGGACUUAAGUCUUCAACUCAGCAGAUGGCAGAUAAGAAUCUACCAACAUCCGGCCAGUUUGCUCCGAGUUUACCAAUUAAGCGUGUCUCUAAGAAAAUUUUGCCUUCUACCUCAGACACACACGUACAUAAGCCUAAUGUCAAUGUUUCUCAACCAAUGAUGGAUGUACAACACCUGACUGACAAUAGACAUCCCAUGGAGGCUACAAUGAAAGAGCCACGUUCACCCUCUCCUCACCCAGAUCUAACUGAUCUUCCCAUGCAUGAUGAUCAAAGUAUACCUUCUAAUACCAUUGAUGUGCGUGAUUCCUCUGCUCUUAAUGUACGUAUGGAUAUGGAAUCAGAUGAUGUAUGUGUUCCCUCUCCUUUCAAUGGACAUGCAUUAGAAAAGGGUAAGGAGGCUGAGACAGGAUAUGUUUCUACGGAUAUGGUGGGAAAUUUACGUACAUCAGCAGUGGACAAGGACGCGCAGUUAGAAGAAGACUCUAAGGAUAUGGAGGGAGGUGGUAUACGUGUUCACUCUCUUUUCAAUGGACGUACAUCAGAAGAAGGUAAGAAGGCUGAGAUAGGAGAUGUUUCUACGGAUAUGGUGGGAAGUAAUGUUCGUGUUUCCUCUCCUUCUAAUAUAGAAGAAGACUCUAAGGAGACGUCCCCUUCACGCAUUAUUGAUGAUGUUAUCCAAAACUUGAACCGCGGUGUUAUGCUUGGUGGAAAAGCAGUGACAGAUGUACAGGGUCCAGACAGUAUGAGGGAUGGUCCGGCAAGGGUUAGGGUUCCAACACUGAAGAUGCAGGAAUAUGUUGCCGUUGUACAGAAACCGAAGGCGGUUAUAGCUGGUAGCAUCCAAUACAAUCCUUUAAAUGGCAUUAACCAUGACCAUUUCUCUAAACUUAAUGAUCGCACUAUCACUAUUUUUGAUUCUCAUCGGUCUACAACCAGAGAGAACAUCGUCAAGAAUUUGAUGCAGCCUCUUUUGGUAAUGUUACCUUACCUUCUUAGUGAUGUGUUCAAGAGUAACAAGAAGCUUAACCUCUCACUCACACCAUACACCUAUGUCUGUCACACUAAUAUAGCGCAAAACGUAAAGGUUGGUGAUUGUAGUCCUAUGGCGAUGAAGCAUUUAGAAUUGAUGGCAUUGAACUCAUCUUUUGAACCACUUGCUAACUUGGAUGAAGCAUCUAUCGCAAACCUACGGAUGAAUUUUGCUUUUGAUGUGUUUGAGUUUGAGAUUCAUCAUAUUCCUCUUGCAACUGUCGUUUAA